ACAUCUUGGACGCAGUUCCAGUUAUUCUUCUUUAGUUAUUAUUAUUAUUAUUAUUAUUAUUCCUAGGCAAACGUAGUUUCAUCAUGACGUCAAUUUAGUAACCCGGAAGAGGUUUUCAUGGGGUCAGAUCCAUUUUCGUAGCUAGCUGGUGAAUUUUUGAAAUACAUAUUUUUAUAUAAUUCAGUGGUAUGUGUGGGAUCGUUAAAAAGUCGUUAUAUUAGUGUUUCGUUAAACGUCAUCAUUUAUCCCUCUCUUUAGCCAGACAUUUGCCUUGUUAACUUAGGUGCUGACGUAAGUAGCUGCUAGCUAGGUUAGCUGUAACUUGCUAGUAAGUUAGCUGUCAGCCAGUCUUUGUUUUUGUUCGGUUUUUCGUCGAGAAGAAUCGUCAUUCUUUCAUAACACAUGAGUGUAUCACUGGUCGUUAUCCGUCUGGAGCUCGCAGACCAGUCUCUCUCUCCACAGGAUUUCCAAUACACCGCCGCUGAGGAUAUGUCCGAGGAGGAUUUGCAGGAGAAAGCUCUGGGCUCAGCCAGGCUUUCUCUGAGUGGGAAGACCGAGCUGGAGAGAGCAGCAGUCCUACACCAGCAUAUCGGCAGCAGAGCCAUGGGAGACAUGGUCAUCGAGACCUUCGCACCCAACCCUGAUAAAGGAAAGGUUGAGCAGACUGGGGCAGAGAGAGAGGAGGGUGGAGGAGCCCGACCUCUAGAGAAUCAACCAGACGGGAGGGACCCUACUGAGGGCACUACAAAUGAGGGCACUACAGAGGGCAGUGCCGAUGGCACAGAGAUGGCUCCAGACUCGCCCUCGAAGCAGCUUCCAGACCAGAUCUCCUUCUUCAGUGGAAACCCCUCAGUGGAGAUAGUCCACGGCAUCAUGCACCUCUACAAGACCAACAAGAUGACAUCACUGACUGAGGACGUGCGUCGGAGUGCCAUGCUGUGUAUCCUGACCGUCCCCUCCACCAUGACCAGCCACGACCUCAUGAAGUUUGUGGCACCUUUUUAUGAUGUCAUGGAGCACAUGAAGAUCAUACGAGACUCCACCCCUAACCAGUAUAUGGUGCUGAUUAAGUUCAGUAGCCAGGCUGAUGCAGAUAGUUUCUACACAGCGUGUAAUGGCCGUACGUUCAACUCCAUAGAGGAUGCAGUCUGCCAGCUGGUCUAUGUGGAGAGAGCCGAGGUCAUGAAGUCUGAGCAGGGCGCCAGUCUUCCAGUGAUGGAGCUGACAGAGCUUCCUAAGUGUACCGUGUGUCUGGAGAGGAUGGACGAGUCAGUGAAUGGGGUUCUCACUACACUCUGUAACCACAGCUUCCACAGCCUGUGUCUGCAACGCUGGGAGGACGCCUCGUGUCCUGUGUGUCGGUACUGCCAGACCCCAGAGCCUGUAGAGGAGAACAAGUGCUUUGAAUGUGGAGUACAGGAGAACCUGUGGAUCUGUCUGAUCUGUGGUCAUAUCGGCUGUGGUCGCUACGUCAGUCGUCAUGCCUACAAACACUUUGAAGAGACGCAACACACUUAUGCCAUGCAGCUCACUAACCACCGUGUCUGGGACUAUGCUGGAGAUAACUAUGUUCACAGGCUGGUGGCCAGUAAGACUGAUGGGAAGAUGGUUCAGUAUGGGUGUGAAGGAGAAACCUGCCAUGAGGAAAAGAUAGACGCACUGCAAUUAGAGUACUCUUACCUGCUAACGAGUCAACUGGAGUCCCAGCGCAUUUACUGGGAGAAUAAGAUAGUUCACCUGGAGAAGGAUACAGCGGAGGAGAUCAACAACAUGAAGGCCAAAUUUAAGGAGACCAUAGAUCGCUGUGAUAACCUGGAGCGUCGGCUGGGAGAGCUGGCCAAAGACAAACAGAGCAUGGACAAGAAGUGUGGUCAGCUGUCGACCCGUGUGACGAAGCUUGGUCAGGAGUUGAAGGAGGAACAGGAAAUGAACCGCUGUCUGCGAGCCAAUCAGGUUCAACUACAGGCCCAGCUGGCCGAGGAGGAGCGCAAGGCAAGAGAGACGGGCGAGCGUAAGGACGGGGUGAUAGCAGAGCUCCAGGAGCAGCUGAGAGAUGUGAUGUUUUACCUGGAGACCCAGCAGCAGAUAGAAGGUCUUCCUCCAGAGACCAGGACUGAGAUACAGGAAGGACACAUCAACAUCGGCGCAGCAGCCACUCCCGCCCCAGGACCCUCCGCCAUAGGCAGAGGCCGCAGGGGGCGGUCCAAAAGGGGGAAGUAGAGGACACAACCAGGAAGUUGAGAGAGGAAGGGAAGUCGGAUGCCGGAAGUGACCCACCAAAAUGACAUUAUUAAAGUGUGUGUGAGUGCGUGAGUGUUUGCGCUUUUGUGUGAGUGCGUGCGUGUUUGCGCAUUUGUGUGUGUUUGUGCUUUGCAAAAGGACUCUGGCUCCUUAGACACUACUCAGAGAUGAAGGGGUCAGAAGUUAGGUGUAUAUCUCUGCUUUAAGGCGCCCACUUUGCUGAAUGAAAAAAGAAUGAUUGAUUUGAAAGAGGUUUGCUCUUCUCCCUCCUUCCACACAUUUUUUUGGGUUGACCUGCUAGUUUACUUCCUCAAAGGAGGAGGAGAGAUUCAUGGGAAUAAGGAAGUGAGGAAACCGGACAGUAGUUGUCAAAAGAAAGAAAGAAAAUACCUCGCAUGUUUAAAUAUGCAGGCUUUUCCAAAUUAAAAUCAGUACAUUUUUGUAAGUACAGGUGUUACUACAGUAUAAAUGAGUUGUUUAGAAAGUGUGCUGGAUCAGUGUGAGGUUCACUACCAGCUGGUUCUCAGUACUUUUGUCAUCUGUUUUAUCAAACAUCUGAUUCUGAUCUGUUUUCACGGAUCUCAUGAAACGUCAUUACUCAGUCCUAUCGUGAGAAUGGGUUUUCUGCACUUUUUUCAUUUUUAUAAUUUUAACGCGUCAGAAAACUGAAGAUCAGAGAUUUAAGUCAAGUGCUGAAAUGUUUAAUUUCUCAAUUUAUGAAUGACAUGUGUCAGACCUGUAGACUUAAUAGACUGGCACAGGAUUACGUGGCUGAUGCUUUGGCAUUCCUACACAGCUGAGAUGUGCACCUGCACAAUCUAGAAUAUAUAAUACCAGGGAUUGACAUCAAGGGUUGCCCUAUUUCCUUGGGCAAGUGAAUUUAGCAGUCGCGCAAGUUGAGCCUGCACUGAGGUUUCACUAUUGGGCAGGUGAUUUUUUUGUAAAGAAAUGUUUUGUGUUAAAAUAACCAAACAGCAAAUAAUUCCAGUAGUCUAAAACGGAUCUUUCUGGUUCCUCCUGAUUGUUUAAGGAAAAGACAGACAAUUUAUCGCAUUUAUAGUCGGGCAAAUUUAGCCAGCCGCUAAUAUUUUGAAAAUACAAAGAAUUCCAGUACUGAUCUUUCUGAUUCCUCCCCUAUGUGUAGGUGAAAGGCAGGCAAUAUAUGGCACUACUGCGUGUAAAUAGCAAAUCAUUUUUGGGGGGCAAGUAAUCAGAAUCUUCGGACAAGUGCCUAGCACAUUUUAAUGUCAAUCCCUGUAAUACAGUACAAUACUCUACAAAUACAGUUUUACUCCUGUUUCCAUGCACCACCCUGUAUGUAUGUGACGACCAUAUUCUUCACUAACAACACACCUCGGGCAAGCAUGAAAGAGCACCCUAUUGCCUCUAUACUGACCAUUAUGAGCUGUUUCCGUUCCUUGUUUGCGUUCCUGUGUGUUUGUGUUGCAUUGCUAAAAGGCUACCAGUAUUUUCUGUUCAGGCACAGCUUUCCCCUAUAGUUUAACAUCAAUAUUGUUAAAGCAUGGUAUCCAGGUCAACAUAGACAUUCAAACAGUACACAGCUGCAUACUACCUUUUAUUUUAGCGAACUUUCAGCAGUUUAAGUUUGCACUGUGUGUUUUGUAUUCAUGUUGUUAAAGCUCUCAGUAAAUUAUUAUGUUACCAUUUG